AAGAUGAUGGGCUCGACGAAGAUUAGCUGAGUGAAGCCCACAUCCAAGCACGAAGAUCAGCUUCAAUGGAGAGCUUGACACUCGACGAUGGAGAAGAUUUCAACUCCAAACCCUACGCUAGUUACCGGAGUGCCAUGUCAAUGCUUUCCAACUCCCAUCAUCCCCUAUUGCCGUCGAUCGUCGCCUCUCCUGUCGACUCUGAUCCGCUCCUCUCCCCGCUCGGAGGAUCAAAUUCUCCGCGAAGGACUUAUGCACAACCUCCAUCUUAUGCUGAUGUGGUGUUUAACACCCCCGAUCAACGUGAGAGCUCCGGCGAAGAAGCAAAUGGCAGACACAGCCCUGUCAGAGACUACGGAAAGUCCUCAAUGGCCCCAAGAUCUCCUUCCUCGAGCUCUGAGUAUUUGAAUAUUGUGGUUUCCAAUCCUAAAAAAGAGGCGGAGUCCUCGAAUUCAAUUGUUCCUGGAGGCAAUACUUUCGUUACCUAUUCGAUUACAACCAAAACCAACAUGCCGGAGUACGGCGGAUCCGAAUUCAGUGUACGGAGGCGAUUCAAAGACGUAGUAUUGUUGGCGGAUGAGUUGACCGAGGCUUACAGAGGGUUUUUUGUUCCUCCGAGGCCAGAAAAGAGCAUAGUGGAAAGUCAAGUGAUGCAAAAACAAGAAUUUGUGGAACAAAGGAGAGUGGCAUUGGAGAGAUACUUGAAGAAGCUUUCAGAACAUCCUGUGAUCAGGAAGAGUGAUGAGUUGAGAGCGUUCUUGCAGGUUGAAGGGAAGCUUCCUUUCCCGAAGCAAUUGUGUAAGGACUCUAGGAAUGCAGGGGUUCAGCCACAGGAUGCCGUGCAGCCUGUAAAAGGGGGUAGGGAUUAUCUGAGAUUGUUUAAGGAACUGAAACAGUCAGUUGUUAAUGAUUGGGGGGGUGGAUCGAGGGUGCUGGUGGAAGGGGAUGUUGAUCAGCAGUUUUUGGAGAAAAAAGAGAGAUUCCAUGAACUCGAGCAACACCUUACCUCUGCAUCAAAGCAGGCUGAAUUGCUUGUUAAGGGUCAACAAGAUCUGUCAGAGACUAUGGGACAAUUAGGGCUAGCGUUCUUCAAAUUGACGAAAUUUGAGAAUGAGAGGGCAGUGUUGAACACUCAGAAACAAAGAGCCGUGGAUAUGAAAAAAGUGGCAACUACGGCUGUCAAAGUGAGCAGGUUGUACCAAGAACUAAAUGCAAAGACCGUGAAGCAUUUGGAUGUGCUACAUGAGCAUAUGGGGAUAAUGUUGGCAGUCCAUGGUGCAUUCUCUGAUCGCUCAAGUGCUCUACUUACAGUACAGACCCUUUUAUCAGACUUAUCCAAUCUAAAUUCGAAGGCUGAGAAACUUCAAACAACAUCACCCAAAAAAUUUGGAGGCGAAAGGUCAAAGAUUCAAAAACUGGAUGAAUUGAAGGAUGCUAUAAGAGCUACAGAAGAUGCUAAAAUCCGUGCAAUGAAACACUAUGAAGAGAUCAAGGAAAAUAACAGAAGUGAAAUAGAAAGACUGGAUCGAGAAAGGCGCAAUGACUUCAUAAAUAUGUUGAAAGGUUUUGUGAUUAGCCAGGUUGAUUCCUCGGAAAAAAUUGGGAAAGAAUGGGCAAAAGUGGCAGAGGAGACUAGUCGAUACACCGAAGAUAGUAGCUGUAGUGUGCGUUUGUAAACCAAUCAUGCAAACUGAGGGUUAAUAGAACCUUACAAAGAAAAAGCAAAUACAGAGCAUUACACUUGCAAUUUUAUCAAAGUCCCAUAUGGCCAUAUGUAGCUUUAGAGAGAGGAUCUCAAUUAACAUCUGUUGUAUAUCUCCUGGAUUUUUGUUCUUGCUUGUGAAGGUUAGUACUUGGUGUCCUUUAUAUUUCUAAAUUCUAAUGGUGUGUUGUUGCAUAGUGACUUUUUUUUGUCACUGAAUUGCUUGUUGGGAAGAA